AUGAAUGAGGAACAGGAACAAAAACCAAUAAAAGCUGAGAAUAACUCGGAUAAUGGGGUUGAUAUAACAAAACCAAAACGGAAGAAAACGUCAAGAGCGUGCAAUCAUUGUCAUAAGGCUCAUAUGACAUGUGAUUCAGGAAGACCAUGUAAAAGAUGUGUUCAACGAGGAUUAGAUGAAACUUGUGAAGAUGCACCUAGAAAACGUAAAAAAUAUUUGGAUGAUGUACCAAAUUCAAGUUUGGCUGCAAAAGUAAUCAAUGGUUCAUCUCAAAUAAACAAUCUAAAUGGUCAUGAACUACAUCACGCACAAUCUUUAGAGUCUACAUUAACAAAUCAACAUCAACAAUAUAAUAAUUUAUAUAAUUAUUCACCUCAACCUCAAAUGCGACAGUCAAACGAACGAAUGCAACAACUGCCAACAAAUAUACAACAAAAUAACACAAUUAUAAAUCCACAACCUAUUCCUUUUCAAAAUGGACCUUCGUCAAAUCAAUUGCCAUUUCCACAAAGUCAACAAUCUCUCGGUCAAACAAACACGAAUGAACCUCCUAAAAUUCCAAACCAUGUAACGUAUCAAGCUACGAUGUUUCAGCACAGUGCAACUGCUCCCGACAUUACGCAAUCAAACUCUUCCUACUAUUAUUUAAAUUCAAAUAAUCAAGUACCCACUCAACAAGUUCAAAACACAGAGUACCAAAUUCAAAAUCAGAAGCAAUUCCAGUUACCACAGCAUGACCCACAGUUACAACGACCUCCGUUAAAUCCCAAUUCACCAUCAUCGUACAUACAAAGUCAAAGAAAGACUAAGUUCAUGUCAACAGCCGCAGAUUUAGAGUAUGCGACACUAUCCAAUAUUCUCCAAGAUAAUCUUGGUGGUCAUCAUACCACAUCAAAUGAAGGUACACCCAAUUCACACAAUUUUUCACCAAAUCUAUCACCUCAUAAUCAUCCUUCUACCUCGCUAAGUAAAAUCACUUCAAGGGAUACACAAGAUCAACCUUCAAUUGACUAUAACUUGGACAUACCACCAAUCGAUUCAUUUAAUUCCAAAGAAGCUAGACAUCACAGUCUUUACGAUAAUUCAAAAUAUCCGAAAUGUGAUGAAUCAAUUAAUCAAUAUUUCAUUGGUAAAACAGACUCCGAUAGCAUUACAACAUUUCCUGAUAUAAUCACAGCUUUAGAGGUGAUGAAAAACAAUGACUAUACCGUUUAUGAAGAAAGAAACUCGAAACUGAACUUAUCAUUUUCAGUCGGAAUCCUGCAUGAAGAUAACCGUUCAAGUAUUAGUAAAGAUGAUUCAUUAUAUAAAGAGCCUGAAGAAAUUUAUGCGAAAGUAAACAAACCAUUUUCAUAUACUCCUGGAUAUCAUUCACUAAUAGCUUAUCUACGUAAAAGAUUCUCAAAACCAAUGUUGGUCAAAAUGGCUGAAUCAAUGGCGUCUUAUCGUCCCUCAUUUAUAGCAUGUACAAACUCAUUGAAAGAGCAUGAUUUGAUUUUCAUGGAACAAUGCUUUCAAAGAACUUUAUUGACUUAUGAUAAUUUCAUUAAGAUUAGCGGUACGCCGACAAUUGUUUGGAGAAGAACAGGAGAGAUUGCAUAUGUUGGUGAUGAAUUUUGUAUAUUAACUGGCUGGAAUAAGGAAGAACUAGUGGGUAACGGUAAGCGUAAAUUCAUUGUUGAGUUGUUAGAUGACAAAUCAGUUGUGGAAUAUUUUCAGGUUUUUUCAAGAAUUGCAUUUGGUGAUUUUUUAGGUGCUACUAUAACCGAAUGUACUUUAUUGACACCAAAAGUAGAUGUUAAAAUAAGAACUGGUUUCUCGGUUUCAAUCAUAUGUCUUGGUUCAUUACAAUUUGGUUAUCAUAUGGCAGAAUUAAAUUCUCCUGAAUUAGUACUAACAUGUAAGAAAUCUCAACCUGGUUCAGGACCGUAUGAAGAUUCAUUCUUCGGGCAACGAGGAUUUAAAAAAUGUUUACCAAUGACACCAGACCAAAUUGGAUUAGUUACCUCAAUUUUUUCCAUAGGUGGAUUAAUUGGAUCAUUUUAUGUUGGGUUCUUAGCUGAUAAGUAUGGUCGAAAAAUGACUGGAUACCUCCAUUGUGCAAUGUACAUUUUGGGGUCAAUGAUAAAUGGUCUAAGUAAUACUUACAUCAGUUUGUUAAUUGGAAGAUUUGUAUGUGGUUUAGGUGCUGGAUCAGCAUUAGUAAUUACAUCAUUAUAUAUUAAUGAAGUUUCGCCAAUAAAUUCAAAAGGAUUAUUAGGAUCAAUGAAUCAAGUUAGUAUUAACGUUGGAAUUUUAUUCACUCAAUUGUUAUCUUUGAAAUGGUCUAAUGAUAAUGAUUGGAGAUGGUUAUUGAUUACCGGUGGUGUUAUAGCAACUUUGAAUAUUAUAAUAUUGGCUGUUUUCGUUCAUGAAUCUCCCAUGUGGUUGGCAAAUCAAGGAAAUGAUGAUCAAGCAUUUUUUGUAUUACAUAAAUUUAGAGGUGGUAAUUACUCAUUAGUAACAGAAGAAGUGAGUAGCUGGAAAAACAACGGCUCAGAUGAAAAUGAAAUAUUUUUAGAAGAUGGUGAUUUAGGUGAGGCUGAUCAAGAUCAGCAGGAACAACAAAUUCAACAGGAGCAAAAAAAUUCAAUAUCUGUAAAAGAAUACAUCACUUCUCCAGAAUAUAGACCUUCAUUAAUAGCUUCAACUGGUAUUUUAAUUUUACAACAAUUUGAUGGUAUCAAUUCUAUCAUCUUUUACGGUGUUUCAGUGUUAGUUUCAAUAUUCCCAAAGCAUUCAAUUAUAGUGAACUGUUUAAUUUCAUUGGUCAACGUUGUUAUUACUUUUGGUUCAGCAACAGUCGUUGAUAAAUUAGGUAGAAAACCGUUGUUGCUAACUUCUGUUUCAUUUUUAAGUUUAGCUACAACAUUCAUGGGAUUUGGAAUAAUAACAAAAAGUUCAAUUUUAUCAAUAUUAGGGACAUUUACAUUCAUUACUUUUUUUGCAAUUGGAUUAGGUCCAAUACCAUUUUUGUUAGUUGGAGAAGUUACUCAACCCAAUGCAAAAGCAUCUGCUCAAAGUUUUGGUACAAGCUUGAACUGGAUAGCUACUUUUAUUGUUGGGUAUUUGUUUCCAAUUUUACUUCACUCUAUUGGGGGUUCAGUUUAUUUUAUUUUUACUGCAAUGUGUUUGUUCAGUGUUUGGUUUAUUUCAAAGUAUAUACCUGAAACAAAAGGUAAAACGUCAUAUAAAGAAGUAUGGAAUAAAUAA